GCAGAAGCAGGGGAGGACGAGGGCUGGAGCUGGAGCUCGGGGCAGGCUGAGUGCUCGCUCUCGGCCCGCGGCUGCAGCUCAGGCAAGUUGGAGGCGCAGCACAGCCAGAACAAAACACGAAGGCGCUGCCCACGGGCCGCGGGGGAGCGUUGCUCGGCGAUGGGAUCACACAAAAAUAGCACGAAGCGGGGGGAUCCUCGAAGGGUCCUCUAAGCCCGGGUGCGAAGAUGGCCGAGGCUGGAAGGCAGGCAGACCUCCAGAGAUCUUUGGGUACCGUUCCCCAGCGCUCACCCAUUAGCGGUGCCGGGCAGGGCCGUUCGCCACCAUCUUAGCGGCGGCAGCGGUGCCACCGCCUGUCACCGAAGCUUGGUGUCGGGGGGGAGGUAUGCUGGGGCACGCAGAGCCGGGGCGGGCAGAGGCAGGGCUCCGCCAGCUCCUCCAUUCCCACCCCGUCCACUGCCGCCCCUCCGCCGUGGAGAGCUUCCCGUCCCCCGCCUUCCCCUGGCCGCCGGCCCGCCCGCCCGCUCCCUCCCGCCGGGGCCGAAGCCGAGAGCCAAGGGGAGGGGGCUGCGGGCGCUUCCUGCCGCCGCCCCCGCCGGGGCAGAGCGGAGCGGAGCGGAGCGGGGCGGGGAGGGCAGCACGGCCCGGCCCGGCCCAGCCGAGCGGCGCUUCCUGGCCCGAGCCAAACUUACCGGCAGGCUGCCAAAAAGACAUUGUACGGUUUAUUAUUUUUAAAUUUUUAAAAAUUUGCACAUUUUAAUCUUUUUUUUCGGCACUUUCGGCGGAGACCUCGGGGCGGAGCCGCCCUCACCGAUUCUGCUGCGGUCGGGAAGAGCCGGUACCGGUACCCGCAGCGCUGCCGGUCCCCGGGAAUGGGCUCCGGCGGAGUGCCUGCCGCUUAGUUCGGCUCGGUACAGCCUGGCCCGGCCCGGCCCGCCGGGAGCACCGGGGCCGCGCCGCACAGCAUGGCCGCGGAGCUCAGCGCCGAGGAGGAGCAGGCGACCAAGCAGUUCCUGGAGGAGAUCAACAAGUGGACAGGGCAGUACAAUGUGUCCCCGCUCUCCUGGAACGUGGCUGUCAAGUUCCUCAUGGCCCGCAAGUUCGACGUCCUGCGGGCCAUCGAGCUCUUUCACUCCUACCGGGAGACGCGGCUGAAGGAGGGCAUCGUGAAGCUGAAGCCGCACGAGGAGCCGCUGCGCUCGGAGCUGCUCAGUGGCAAGUUCACCAUUCUGAGUGUGCGGGACCCCUCAGGAGCCUCCAUCGCCCUCUUCACAGCCAAGCUGCACCACCCCAGCAAGAGCGUGCAGCAUGUGGUGCUCCAGGCACUCUUCUACCUGCUGGACCGAGCAGUAGAGAGCUUUGAAACACAAAGGAAUGGGCUGGUGUUCAUCUAUGACAUGGCAGGCUCGCAGUACACCAACUUCGAGCUGGACCUCAGCAAGAAGAUCCUCAACCUGCUGAAGGGUGCCUUUCCAGCUCGGUUGAAGAAGGUUUUCAUCGUGGGAGCGCCCAUGUGGUUCCGUGUGCCCUACUCCAUCAUCAGCCUGCUGCUGAAGGAGAAGCUGCGGGAGCGGGUGCAGAUGGUGAAGAUGUCAGAGCUGAAGGAGCACCUGCCCCGGGAGUGCCUCCCUGAGUACCUUGGGGGUUCUCUCAAACUCGACCCUCUGAGCUGGAACUGCCGGUUCCUGCCCCAGCAGAACGGGCACCCUGACCCCCUGGAUGAGCUCAUCCUGGUGCCGCUGGUGGCCCCCAAAGAUAAUGGCUCCAUCCAUGUCCCCGGGCCCAAGUCUGUCACCCUCCAGGAGCUGCUGGACCACGUCAGCCACAAGCAGAAACGGGGCAUCUACGAAGAGUACGAAGACAUUCGGCGCAGGAGCCCAGCUGGCACCUUCGUCUGCUCCUUGGCACCCUACAACCAGGAGAAGAACCGGUACGGGGACGUGCCCUGCCUGGACCAAACCCGCGUCAAGCUGGCGAAGCCAUACAGCCGGCCAGAGCUGACCGACUACAUCAAUGCAAGCUUCAUGGAUGGCUACAAGCAGAGGAACGCUUACAUUGGCACUCAGGGGCCUCUGGAAAAUACCUAUGGUGACUUCUGGCGCAUGGUGUGGGAGCAGAAUGUGCUUGUGAUCGUGAUGACAACCCGGCUGGAGGAGGGAGGCAGGAGAAAGUGUGGCCAGUACUGGCCUCUGGAGAAGGACUUCCAGGUGUGCUAUGGGGCCUUGACCAUCACCAACUUAGGCGUGGAGAACCUCAACCAUUACAAGAAAACCAUCCUGGAGAUCCACAGCUCAGAGACCAAGGAGCGUCGGCUGGUGUCCCAUUUCCAGUACCUGAGCUGGCCGGACUACGGUGUCCCCUCCUCUGCAGCCACCCUCAUCGACUUCUUAGGGGCUGUGAAGCAGCAGCAGAGGGUGGCAGUCAGUGCCCUGGGACCUCGCUUCAAAGGCCACCCUGGGGGACCCCCAAUUGUGGUGCACUGCAGCGCCGGCAUCGGCAGGACAGGUACCUUCUGCGCGCUGGACAUCUGCCUGUCGCAGCUGCAGGACGUGGGCACGCUGAACAUCUACCAGACGGUGCUGCGCAUGCGGAGCCAGCGAGCCUUCAGCAUCCAGACCCCCGAGCAGUAUCACUUCUGCUACGCCGCCGUCCUGGAGCACGCCCAGCGCCAGGGCCUCCUGCUCGCCGACCGCGGUGCCCACCGGCCCACCCACGACCAGAGCUCACCGGGACACUGAGAGCCGCCGCCGCCUCCCCGCAGAGCCCUCCUUCCCGUCCUCCGCGGGGCUGUCUCUGCCACCUCUGCACCCACCCGAGGUUCAGCGGCGCCCGAUGCUGGGGCAGGGUGGGGAACGGCUGCCCGCCUGCACCUGCUGGCAGUGCUGUCGAACUGUGCCUUAUUCAAACCCAGCGCAGGAGGGCAGCGUGGGGUGAGGCUCCCACUCCUCCCCGACGUGUUUCUGCUGGGGGAGGUGGUUUUUAGUUUCAGUUGGUUUUGGUUUGGUUUGGUAUUUUUGUUUUGGUUUGGUUUUGUUGGGACCAGCUUAAAAGAAAACCUGUACCUAGAGAAGGGGCAAGCCCUGGGAAAUGUAUUUCCAGCCCUGCCCUGGCCUGGGGCAUAGGAAGAGGUGCCCACAGUCAGCCUUACCUGCCACUCAGCCUGUGUAUCUGUACCUAUGUGUGUCUCUGAUAGCCCCUGCUGUGUCCUGACCCUGCUGUUCUGUAGAUACAUAGAGAUGAGCACCCACUGUAGCAGUCCCUGCGGGCGCCUGCCCUCCUGCUGUCUCACUGCUGUCAUCCCCAGAGCGGUGAGUUUGGUCCUGCCUCUGUCUUGUCUUUUUUCCCCCCAGCUCCCCUCCUUUUUUUCCUCUUUGUUCCUCCUCACGGGCAGUGCUGGGACCCGGUACCCACACCCAUGCCUAUCCCAUGGGAUGCAUGAGGAUGCCCGUUGGUGUCUUCCUCAUCCGUAGCUGCUGGGACAUGGUCGCUUUGUCCCUGGGAGGCAGAGCUGAAGGACUUUGGCCAUGGCAGGCAGGUUGGCAGGGAUUGAGGAUCCCAACAGCGUCCUCUGCCCUUUGGGAUGCAGCCACGGGCAUCACUAGGUACGAGGUGACAGGGACAGAUGGAGACCAACCGGCUCUCCAAGUUGCCCAGCUUUCCCAAGCCGGCAGUGGGAACCCACGGACCCAUCCCUGCGGUGAGUCACAGGGCUGGAAAAGUGCUGAGCUAAAGGGGCCCAAACCCUGGAGAGAGGCAGGGAGCUGACCUCUGGGGCAGCAGCACCUGAGAGACAGCCAGCCCUGACGCCCUGGCCACCACCCUGUCCCCCUGCCCCUCCCAGAGCCAGGCGUGGCAGUGCCUGGACCUCAGUAACUUUAUACUGUAAUAAGCUCUCUGAAUGUGUAUAUUCUUAUUUUUUUAUAAUCUUGGCCAGGACUUUUUGUUGUUGUUGUUUGGUUGUUUUUUGUGGUAUUAUUUUUGUUUGGUUUUUUUUUAAAUUCCUUUUGUUUUUUUUUUAAUUUAACAUUGACUUGAUCCAAGCCAGAGCCAGAAGUAUUUGUAAAUGUUCCUAUUUUGCUCUUGUUCAGAGAAA